ACCCUUUACAAAACCUAGAAACACACAAACAGACCUCUCUCACUCUCCCCUUCUCUACUUAAUUAUUUAGUUUCUCUGACUAUAGAUCGAUCGAUCGAUCCAUCUGAGAAUCAAGAAUCGGAGUAGCGGUUGCUGUUAGGGUUUGGGAUCGGAAUGGGGAGAGCGAAAGUAGAGAUGAAACUGAUCGAGAACAAGCAGAGUCGACAAGUGACGUUCGCGAAGAGGAGAAGUGGGCUUAUGAAGAAGGCGUAUGAGCUCUCUGUGCUCUGCGAUGUGGAGAUUGGCCUCAUCGUCUUCUCCGGCAACGGCAGGCUCUACGAGUUUAGCAGUGGCCACAGCAGCUUAGGAAAAGUAAUCCAACGCUACAAGACACAUGGCAAUGAAGAAAAGAGCUCUGACGAACUGGAGAACUGUCAUUAUGGUGGACUUUGUAUAGAUGUUGACCUGAUAAAAGGGGUUAGUAAUCUCAAAGUUGAACAUCUAACCGUGAAUGAACUCACUCAUAUGGAGGCACAACUGGACGCCUUAUUAAGACAAAUAAGGCUAAGAAAGAAGCAACUACUGAUGGAGACUGUAUCUACACUUUCUGAGAAGGAAAAGCAACUGAGAGAAGAGAAGCAACUCCUGGAAAACAAGAUUGCAGAAAUGGUUGGUGAGCAAGGAAAAGAAGUGCAGCCGAGGGAGAGAAGUAGAUUUGGAGCAUACAAUCAAGAGGGCCGGCGAGUGGGAGUGCACCGUUGACAGAAGAGAUUGUUUGCUACAAGCUGAAAAAUGGAGAGGAGGAGAGCAUCGACAAAGAGAAGAAAAUAAAGAGAACUUGAUUCUAGGGUUUUUGGGUAAAAAGUUUCACAAAAAUGAGAAAACGUGAUUUUCUCGUUUUUUGUUUUCCUUCACAAAAUUAAGAUACUAAUUUGAAUUCAAUUUUCAAAAACAACUUACCAAUCAGUGAUUAUGAUGGCCCCCACUGAUUUUAAAUAUUCAAAUCAUAAAGUUGUAUCCGUAUAGGAUACCAAUCAGCCCCUAAAUUACUUGUAUGUGCUCUUUUUUUUUCUUCAUAUUGUUGUGUGUGUUUUUUUUAAUUCUAUUUGAAAUCAAAUUAAUACUAGAGGUUUAUGAAAGUUAUACUUAUUUUAAUAUAAA